AUGGCGGAGUUUGUAGAAGAGGUUUUGGGUGCUGUUUUAUGCAAGAGGGUCGAGGAUGAUGUUGAUCCCGAUGAAAGCCCUGAAGCCGGUGAGAAAGAGCUGUUUACAUCAUGGGCCCUUUUCAUCUUGAUUAUGCUCUUGAUCACGGCGCUCUUUACAAGUUACACAUUGAAGCAGAAAAAAGUUCAAGCGGUGCAUGAGACCGUUAUAUCGAUUUUUGCGGGAAUGACCGUUGGUUUGAUUAUUCGAUUGACUCCGGGGAGUCUAAUACAAUCUUCUGUGACUUUCAAUUAUCAGUUUUUCUUCAACCUGCUUCUUCCGCCUAUUAUUUUGGCUUCGGGGUAUGAAUUACACCAGGCCAAUUUCUUCAGAAAUAUAGGAACGAUUCUCACCUUCGCUUUUGCGGGUACUUUUAUUUCAGCACUGGUUCUGGGCCUUAUUUUAUACCUGUGGUGUUUGAUUCCCCUAGAAGGCUUAUCGAUAUCGCUUGUCGAGGCAUUUGCGGUCGGAGCUACCCUUUCUGCAACAGACCCCGUCACCAUCCUUGCCAUCUUCAACGUGUACAAGGUCGAACCGAAGCUUUACACAGUGAUCUUUGGGGAGUCGAUCUUAAACGAUGCUAUCGCUAUUGUCCUUUUCGAAACGGCCCAGAGAUAUAAGCCAGGGAGCGCAGCUGGAUCGCUAACGCUGCUAAGCUUGUUCGAGGCUGUUGGUGUAUUCUUGCUUGUGUUUUUCGGAAGCCUGGUGAUUGGGGUAGCUGUGGGCAUAUUUACUGCGCUGGGCUUGAAGUACACCCAUGUGCGGCGGGAACCAAAGAUUGAGAGCUGCCUUAUCGUCUUGAUUGCAUAUGCUAGUUACUUUUUUUCGAAUGGAGUUCAUUUGUCCGGAAUUGUGUCGCUGCUGUUCUGCGGUAUCACAUUGAAACACUACGCAUAUUACAACAUGUCGCGACGGACACAGCUUACGACGAAAUAUAUCUUUCAGGUGCUGGCACAACUUUCAGAGAAUUUCAUAUUUAUCUAUCUUGGCCUGGACUUGUUCACAGAGCCAAAUUUGCAGUUCAAACCGCUAUUCAUAAUGAUAGCAGUUGUUGGGAUUUGUGUUGCAAGAUACAUGUCUGUUUUCCCCCUUUCAAAGGCCAUCAACUGGUUUAUUAGAUAUAGAGCCAAGCGUCGUGGGAAGGAGGUUGCCGAUGAGCUCCCCUUUGCCUAUCAGGGUAUGCUCUUUUGGGCAGGUCUUCGUGGAGCAGUUGGUGUUGCACUUGCGGCCGGCCUUGAAGGCACCAACGCACCAGCGCUGCGGGCAACAGUUCUCGUUGUCGUCGUCCUGACAGUCAUCAUAUUCGGUGGGACGACAGCACGCAUGCUUGAGAUCCUGGAGAUCCGCACUGGUGUCAUCGAAGAGAUCGAUUCUGAUGACGAAUUUGACAUCGAAAUCACCAAUGGAGGAACAUACUAUAAACGUGGCGGAACUGGAUUGGGACAUAUGCCGCGACGCGCCUACCCCGUACCGCUCGACACCAUCAACCUAGAUCGCGAGAACAUGGCAGAGGGCUUCUCGAGCGGAAACAACGGUCGCGGUACCCCUGGCACCCCGCAGUCGUCCCACACAUCAUCCGUUGCCGCUAGGAAAAACUCAGGAUAUAACCAAGGGCGUAAGGAUCGGUCCCAUGAUCUUGCAUCUGCACAAAACCUGCUUGGAAAACACAACACUAGUAACGGCGGAAGUGUCAGUGGUAGCAGUGCUGACGAUGGAGAUACAGGCGGAUCAGCAUCUUUGAGCAGAAAUCCCUCCUCCGCCCAGCGGCCUACAACGCGCACCCGCACCGGCGGCACGCAUGAUAACGACGCGGAUAUCGACGACUUCGAUCUGGAUCUUGAUACGUUCUCGGACGAUGAUCUCCCGCCCGCUGCCCCGUCACAUCUCAGGGCACAAUCGGCUGGCUUGUAUCCAGCAGCAACGCAGGCCCCCACGUCUGCGCAACAACGUCUUUCCCCUGUAAGUGCUACUCCCGGUACCACUGGAGGGUCUUCUGGAAGAGAUGGAAUUGCGUCGUCGGGCGUCGUGGCUGAGGCGUCACAGGGUACGGGUUCUUCAUCUUCAAAACUGGGUGCAACGGCUGUGAUUCGAGAUCUGUUGUCCGGUGCUGGAAAUGGGGAUCAUGCGGCAUGGUUUAAGCAGCUGGAUGAGGAUUAUAUUAAGCCGAAGUUGUUGCUGGAUCAGGGGCCGGGCCAUCAUAAUCAUCACAAGGGUCCUGGAGCGGUAUAG